CUGAAUUCGAAAUUUCAAAAUCCCGCCUUCUAAAAACCCUAACCCCGGAGCGUCCAGCCCUAUCUCCGCCGUAAAAGGCUUGAUAAACGUUUGCUCAUCCCUCUACGUGACCGAAUUCUCCGUCUCGCUCAGCAAGAUCCAGAUUAUUGUUAAAUCGAAGCUUCUUUAAUAGCGAAAUGGAGCGUUACAUGACCAGAAGAGAUACUCUUGUUAGAGAAACAGUUAAAGAAGAAGAAGAAGACAAAAAUGGAGAUGAUUGUGAACUGGAUCUACUCUACCUUGUACAUUCUGAUAUCUCUUCUCUUCUUCACCAGAUUGAUGAGCUCGUUGUGAAAGCCACAAAGCUUAAGACUUUGAGCAAACAAGGGACAACAGAAGUUGAGUCUUUCAACUCUGUCUUGUCCGAUAUGCAUUCCUCACUAAAGACCUGGUUUCCUCGAUUGCAAGAAGCGUUGCUUUCUAAGGAUCAGGAAGAACGGUCUUUGAUGAGUUCAAGCAAAGAAGAUGAGUUGUACGAUGUUGAGAGUCCUGAGCCUACUCAGUUCGAGCCCUUAGUGUCUCCUUCUCCUCUUGUGGCAUGGCGUGGUGGUGAUCAUAACGCUGACAAGGGUAGGCAGCUGUUUAUGUUGACACCACUCCCCUUGGGAAAAUCUGAAUUCCUUAAAUCUAAGCUGAAAUCCAAAAGGAUCUUUCCAAAUGCUGCUGUAAAUCAACCGCUUCAAGCUUCUAAAGAAACAGGUGAUGGUGGUCUAGGAGAUGAGUCAAUGAAGACUGCAGGACUUGGUAACUCUUUCAUGGAUUCCUCUGAAAGUUUGGUAGAGUGUGAGCCAUUGCCUUCACCAGUCCUCAGGAGGAAUAUUCCGUCUGAGAUUUUAAUAACCCCUUGCUUGAAGGUGCCUCCUCCGAAAACUACUACACUGUUUAAACCUGUUCCUGAAUCUUCUCAACGGCAAAAGAAAGAGGCUUGUAAGUCCACCUGCUCCGAAUUGGGAGCUAGCACUUUUAAUGAUUCACAGAGCUCUGAGUCUUCUGGUAUAGAUGAAACAGACGAUCUCUAUUCCAAGUAUCCGGAGCUUAUGGGAUUAAAACUUGCUCCCAUAGCUAGAAAACACGAUCUUGAAGCCUCGCCGGUUUGGUGGUUUUCACCUCCCAAAACACUUGUUUUACUGGAGCCACCUGUGAAUGAGAAGAAACCAGUUGAUGAAACUGGUGGAUCAAGAACGGUAUCCUCAUUUGCUCUUACAAACCUUAAACCAGAAGCAGCACACAUAAAAGGGGAAAGCAUGUCAAUGGCGGUUGAGAGUACACCAUUGUUGAAAGAAGCAGAAAGUGUAAUGACAAAAAACAGACCAAGAGCGGGAGAGAGUACUCUAAAGAAAGAGCUGUGGACAAGAUUUGAAGAAGCAUCAAUGCAUGAGGGUCGUUUCAGCUCGAUGACGACGACAACGGUGAGAGGGAAUAAAAAGAAAGGGUUUAUGGAAAUGUUAGAGGAGGUAUGUGGCAAUGAGGAAAGUCACGAGUAAACUGAUGAUCAAAGCACUAUAGUCGAUGUAUUUCGUUUGUUUGUAAUUUUGUCACUCAUACGGUUCAAUCUUUCUCUACCACAUUGUGAAGUUCUAUGCUUCAAAUCCGCCCAAAUAUUACCGACGUUGAGUUGCCUAGUGGUAAAGGAGUUGCGGCUGACUAUUUACAAUGUUUGGGUUCCCGAUAAAAAGGUGAAACUAGCUUUUUUUGUAUCAAAAAGAAAAUUCACCCAAAUACUGAUUGAAUGUGGGUUACUUAUCCACCCAAAUAUUGAUUGAAUGUGGGUUACUUUUAGUGUCUCAAUUCUGUUA